AUGUUUAAUUAUGAAUCCAUUAUUUUAUCUCAAAAUAACAAAAAAAAAACAUUUUUGAGUAUAUAUCAUUUAUCAGAGGUAAAAUUGACAACACACACACAGCGAAAGAAAGGUGUAACAUUACUCAACGAUUCAAAGACGGGAACAAUUAGUCGGUUUAAG